GUUGACGAGAAUGGAGAGCUUGCUUUGAAUGAUUUGUGUUGUUGCACAUGCGAUGCAGCGAUUACUGGGUCCGAACACCGAAUAAAUCUGCAAUCGAAACCUGCAUUUACUCUAUUCAUAGGCGAAGUAGAAGAAGCGGUGAAAGGUACUCUGGUCGGAGUCGCACUGCUUCGUGUCUGACACAGCUCCCAGAAGUGUUGACGAGACGGCACCACAAUCGUGAUCACAAGGACGGGAUGUUGUUUGCAUUUCUAUCGUGUUUUUGGAUUUCAUCGGCCCAUCGGCCCUUCCUUCAAGAAGGGGGAACAUAUGUAUAUAUCGUACAGUAAUGAUUGGUAUUCAGCACUCAUUUGGUUAACGCCUGCAACAUCCUCCGACAUCAUUCGGGCCGAGAGCAAUGCAGGCGCUGUGGACAUGAGAGACUGAAGAUCGAGCAUCGUAAAGCAAGUAAAAGACAAAUAGAGUAAACCGCACGUUGGUAUCGAAAAACAAUUCUUUUC